GUGCCGAAGAUUUGUUCGGCAGCCAAUCGGGGCGGUUCGUUCCUUUUUGACGUCACAAUCCCUAGAACCUGCAGCGGCGACAACAAUAACAAUACCAGGCGGGAUCGUUCCCCGGAGUCGAGCAGCGAGGGGUGCGUGACCCGGGCGAGCAGCAAAAACAGCCCGUCGUGGGGACGGAGGUAGCAGUUGCUACCGUCAGCAGAGUCGGAGAGGAACGACACAGAGAGCAACUCAGGAGGGACCCAGAAAUAGAAACGCUUCUUUCCCAGCAGUGAUGGCCUCGAGCGAACCCUCAGGGCUGCAAGAAGAGAAUUUGCAGGGUUCCUGGGUAGAACUGCACUUUAGCAGCAAUGGGAACGGGAACAGUGGCCAGCCAGCCAGCCAGGAACAAGUUCCUGCUUCAGUUUCUAUUUAUAAUGGUGACAUGGAGAAAAUCCUUCUAGAUGCCCAGCAUGAGUCUGGAAGAAGUAGUUCACGAGAGAGCUCACACUGCGACAGCCCUCCACGAUCCCAAACACCUCAAGAUGUUCACAGAACUUCAGAAGUGGAGAGUCGUGCCAGCGGAGAAAAGAAUAGCUCUCAGUCUGAAGAAGAUUUUCUGGAAAGAAGGAAAGAAGUUGAACAGCUUCUGAAGAAAAAUUCAGAUUGGAUGUGGGACUGGUCCAGUAGGCCUGAGAAUAUUCCACCCAAGGAAUUUCUCUUUAAACACCCUAAGCGCACAGCUACCCUCAGUAUGAGGAACACAAGUGUGAUGAAGAAGGGAGGCAUAUUUUCUGCUGAAUUCUUGAAGAUUUUCUUACCAUCUCUGCUGCUUUCCCAUCUGCUUGCCAUUGGAUUAGGGAUUUAUAUUGGAAAACGGUUGACAAUCACAGCUUCCAGCAGCUCAUUGUAAGAGGAAAUGAAUUUGUCUCUUUUGCAAAUCAUGACAGCAUUCAUCCAGGCAUAUAAAAUGGUGAACAGAAGGAACUCCCAAAUGUGUAAUCAUAACAUGGCAAUGUAUGUUUUAUUGUGUAAAUGGCUGUUGCAAAAGGAAAGGAAGAAAACCCAACUACCAAACUGCUUCUGUAUGUAAAUUCCUAUUUGCAUAGUUUAAUAUAGUGUAGCUUAGAUCGGGAGCGGGGAACCAGAACUACAACUUCCAGCAAGCUCCAGCUUUGUGGCCAGUAAUAAAGGAUAUUGGGAGAUGUUCAGCACGUGCAGUGACCCACAUUUCAUUAUCCCCGGUUGAAGAUUUUUCUUUGAUAUUAUUACAAGAACGAACAGCGUGGCAAAAAAACUAAACAAAAGCAUUCACUGUGGACACAUGGGAAGGAAUUAAUGUGCAGUUUUGUUUUUGUGCAGUUGUGUAAAGACUAGUAGAGGGUUGUCCUUGAUACCACUGUAAUGUCAAAAAAGGAGAGCUGUAGUCAACAAAAGUAGAAUGGCCUUACAUUUAAGAGUGCAAUUUUGUUACUUGAGCUGAAAUUAAUUAGUGAGAUACUUUGAAAUGUAAUCAUGAGUCAAUGCAGAGUCUUUUGGUCUGUGUAUGUGUGUUAAUAUGGAACCUUUUCUUUCUGUUUUCAGUGAAUGUUUAUAUGCAACUGUUGAGAAGAUGGUUUAGUAGUAAAGAUCUGAUUUUUUCCAAAGUCAGCCAAAACUUGUGUGGUCAGGAAACUUUUAAGAAGGAAGGUCCCGAGGAAUCUCUUCCAAAAAGCCCAUUGAGGGAAGCUAGCCUUGGCCAUCCCCUUCUCCCCUCUUGGUUGAUAAACAUAAAUUUCUUGCCUCUUAAUGGCCUAAAUCAUCACCAACAAAUCAGAGUGGGGUAGCUGGAUCUGCCUUUUUAGUCACAAAUGCUGUAGCUGUUAGCCAGUGAUCUGGUCUGGGUGAGUACAUAGGAAUUUACUCUCUGGGUGAAUGAUGGCACUUCCAGAAGAGGUACCCAGUUGUCAAGUGCUCCUUUGCGCUCUACUAUUUCCACAUUGGCUUGCUUCUUUCCUUCUUCUGUAGGUGCACAAAGAGCUGGGAAUGGAGAGAAGCAUGGCUUUUUCUCUCCAGCAGACUGCUGGGUUUUUAUUCUAAAUAUGCAGCAGGCCAGAUCCCUGCUAUAGAGAAUGGAAACACAGCAUAAUGGCAAGGGACAGCUGACUGAUGCUGUCUCCUCAUUCUUUCCACAUGCUCAACGUUGAGCCAAAGGGUCUGGCAGAAGAGUUAAGGAAGGUUAGUUUCUUGCCGGAAAAAGAUCUUACGCUUCUGUGUUUUAUUCUUAAGGUGGUUUGCAAAGGAUACGUAAUAAAUAAUAAAUAAUAAAAUAAAUAAGUCCAUCCAGGCUUCCCUACCCCUUGCAGGCUACAAAGGUUGGGGACUAAAUGUACAAGGCCUGUGCUAGGUACUAAUGUGUGUUUCAAUGACCCCCCCAAAAGAAAAUGAAAUUUUAUGGGAGGAUACACUUGUGCUGAAAGCUAUGAGCAAAGGCCACAAUAGAAUCUGAAAGUUCAGCACUGAUUUGACAUUGUUUUAAACCCUCUUGUUAUACAUUUUAGCUGCCCAGGGGCUACCCUAAUAAGGCUUGAGAUUUACUUCUUGGUAAAUGAAAAGAACGCAUUGUAGCAUCUGUUACUCUUAUUUAAAGGUUUCAUUGUUCAUUGAUUACAAUAAAGAAUGAGAUUUGUUUAGGAUUUAACAUGUAUGAACUGGACGGUACAACUUGUUCAAUAAACUGUCAUUUUAAAAAAUCUGGCUUAGCUUUAUAUGUGAAGGCAGCCUCUGGGUUACAACAUGCAUAGCAUUGCAAAAAGGCUGGCUUGAUUAAGCGCUUCCAUAGCUAUGCUCUCAAGAGUCCUCUCUGCUUAAUUUAAACCUUCCUGUGGCAAGUUGUGGGAGGGAUAAAGUAUCAGUCUUCUCUAUCUGCUCGAUAGAAGCUAGAGAGGAAGCCUAUUGAGCAGGGAUGCACACAAAGGGGGGUCAAAAAAGUCAAGAUGGCAGCCACAUCCAUGGAAACAAAGUCCCACCCCUUUUUAAUGUGCAUUGAGUAAAGAAAGAGUAGGGUUUCAAUCAUGCAAUGGCAGCUGCUGUAUUUUCUUUUGGACCCCCUCCCCAUCAGAUGCUCCUGCCAUUAUGGGCUCCCUGAUUAAAGUUUGUUUUACUGUUUUUGGGGGGGGGACGCCUGGAAGAGUCAUGGUUGACGUACAUAUUUCAUGAAACAUUGAAAUAUUUCAUGGAACCUGCUAAAAUCACCUGCUUACAGUACUAGAAGUGUAAUUGGAUAAAAAAUCUUAUUUGAUAUAGACUGACUUGAGCUACUCUUGGAUUAGGAAGAGUAGUUCAAGAUCACCUGGCAUCUACCUGCACUAGGUAUUGUGUUUCUGUUGUAUCAGUGUAAAAACUGAUUUUUUCACACUGAUUUUGAUCUUCUCAUUUGGCACAUGUAACUUAUUUUAUGCUUGAGUUAGAACUGGAAUUAAUAGCUUUUACUGUGCAUCAUGGCACUCAGAUCAUCCUAUUGUAUUCACAAGCUUGCAUAAUUUGGAGUAAUACUAUUUGAUCAACUAAUAGCUUGGCUUUAUUUUACUGUUAAUAUAGUUGCUAUAUAUUUAUACAGGUGUGGGCGCCACAGGUUUUAUAAGGACAUUGUCUUGAACAGAUUCCUUUAUCCACUUCAGUGUUAAAAAACAGAUAGGCUCAAAUGGAUAGGAGCUGUGUAAAUGGGUUGACGUUUAACUGUAAAUGGGUUAACAUAAACUGCCAUUCAGAGACCAGAUUUGUUUUCAGAUGAUAGAGACCUUUAUCGCAGUGAUUGCAAAUCUAAGUAAGCAAGCCGUUGUCUGAGAAGAGAAAGUUUGUUCUUUUAAGUUUCAGCUACUGGAAGCUGUCAUAAACUUUUGAAAUGGGGAUUUGCUUUGUCUUGAUCUCGUAAAAGAUAGCCAAUAUUACAGUAUUCUCAAAAUUGCUUGUUCUUCUAUUAGCUAUUGUUUGAUCACAUUGUACUGCUACAGAUUUCACUUUAUUAAUGGAAGUUUGUACAAUUGUUGUAUGAGAAUGUCACUAUUGGCUAUCAUAUCAGAUAAAUGGAGAGCAUAUAAAAUGGUUAUUUUUCAGCUUUUUAUCAAGUCAGUAAGCUGUGAAAUACGACAUUAAAUGCCUGUGUUUUCGUUGCUAUUGUGCUAAACCAAUAAAGGAAUAAGUAAACUUG